AUGGCCACGCCCAAGCGGCGGACCGCGUCGCGUUCCGCACCAUCCUCGUCGCGUAGCGCCAGGACCCCAACGCGCGCCAGAGCUGCAACGAGACAGGGGUCAGUUACGCCGCGCAAAGGAGCCACAGACGAUUUCGCCUUGGACCCGGCAUUACUCGAUGAUCACGACCGCGCUCUGCAGGACGACAUCGACGCCGAAGGCGAGGUUGACGACGGGGUCGGGUACUAUUACCCACCAGAGGGAUAUUACUACCCUCCUGCCGCGGACACCGCGCCUGAUCCCGCCUUCGUCGCUGCUAGUGCGCCGCCCGCCGUCGAGACCCACUUCGCCGCGAGUGCCGACCCGUUCAUGGAGCUCCAUCUCGCAUCACCUUCGGCGCGUCAUUCACUCCCUCCCCUCCAGUAUGACCUCGACUCUUUGCGCAACUCUCUUGCCCCGUCACCACCACCGAUGCCCUUGGGAAACGGCGUGGCCGCGAAGCGCAAGAGAAGCCGCCUCAGAAAGCACCCAAUCGAGCCGCUUGCAAACGGUGGCGACCACACACCCAGAGCAAAGCCGAACGGCAAGCUCGCAAAGGAGGGCUCAACUGCGCCGCGCGCGAAUGGCAAGACCUCCGGCAAGCCCGUCAUAAUCAGAGAGGAGGUCUGCGGCUUCUGCCAGCAGCCCGACUACAAGAACGAGAGUGGCCCGAAGGAGAAGCUCGUCAGUUGCACGAUGUGCGGCCGGAGCGGGCACCCCAUAUGCCUCGGCUUCACCCACCCCAAGAUCAAGAAGAAGAUCAUGAGCUACCCGUGGUGCUGCAUCGAGUGCAAGCCAUGCGAGUCAUGUCGUUCGCAAGGCGACGACAACCGCUUGCUCUUCUGUGAUGGGUGUGACCGGGGCUGGCACAGCUAUUGCCUUGUGCCGCCAUUGAAGGGACCACCCCAAGGCGUGUGGUACUGCAAUACUUGCGCCGUCGAUUUCAAGGGCAACAACAAAGCCUCCACCUCCACCACUCCUGUACCGAAGACAUCAACACCGGCUCACAAACUUGCGGCGUCAUCGAGGAAGGGCAAGGAGCGUGCCGUGGACACACCUCUGCUUGAGGUGCAGGCGCCCACCCCGCGCGACCGGAAGCGCAAGGCCAACACGACCUUAUCCCGCGACGACACUCCCCUCAGCGAACCGCCAUCUAAACUUCGUCUGAAGCCCAACGGUCACCCGAAAGACCGUGACAAAUCACGACGCUCCCGCGACAUAUCCAACCCCGAAGCCUCCAUUUCUACGUCGCCGUCAGGAGGCCUGGUUCUCAAGCUGCGAGUCCCCAGUGCAUCGAGACGCGACGUCGAGAUCGAGGAGGAGCCGGAGGAGCAAGUGCCCUAUGGUGGCGUUAUCGAAGGAGAUGAUGCCGACACCUCGCGAACUUCGAUCCUGGAGUCGGACAAAGUGCUCUUCGAGAAGAGCCGCAAGGCAGCCGAGAACAGGCUAGGAGGGCCACCGUUGCCGUUGUGGGACCCACAAGCAACACUAUCAUCCCCUGUGCCAUCACGACCUUCGACACCGGGACCUUCGAAGCCGGGAAAGGCGCUUUUCAAGGUCAGUCCUGGGACGCCCACGCUCUCGACGCCAGGCUUCGCCACACCCACAGCUGUCUCUGUCGCAAUGCGACCCUUGCGUGACCGUGUGUUGCUCCAGCAGAGCGCGUCAACGAGCAACCUGCCAACGCUCGGCAAUCUGGUGUCCCCAGUCAGCGCACCUGUCACUCCCAGCGGGCACCCUGAAAAGAUCAACAAGAUCCGUUUCGGCGUCUACGACAUCGACACCUGGUAUCAGGCCCCUUAUCCUGAGGAGUACGCCCAAGUGCCCGACGGACGCCUAUGGCUGUGCGAGUUCUGCCUCAAGUACAUGAAGAGCGGAUUCGUUGCUGGUCGGCAUAGGAUGAAGUGCAAGGCGCGGCAUCCUCCUGGCGAUGAAAUCUAUCGCGACGGGAACGUCUCGGUGUUCGAGGUCGACGGCCGUAAGAACAAGAUCUAUUGCCAGAAUCUAUGCCUGCUGGCGAAGAUGUUCCUCGACCACAAGACGCUGUACUACGACGUUGAGCCGUUCCUCUUCUACGUCAUGACUGAGGUUGACGAUCUCGGAGCGCGGUUCGUUGGGUACUUCUCCAAGGAGAAGCGGAGUCCGGACAACAACGUCAGCUGUAUCAUGACGCUGCCAGUGCGCCAGCGUAAGGGAUGGGGCCAGCUUCUCAUCGACUUCAGCUACCUUCUCUCAAAGAAGGAGGGGCGUCGAGGGUCACCGGAGCGUCCGCUGUCUGGACUGGGGUUGCUCAGUUACCAGAGUUACUGGCGCAACACCGUGUUCCAGUACCUACGAACAGCCACUGGCCGAAUUCAACUGAAGGACAUUGCGAAGGCCACCUCGAUGACAUUGGCAGACAUCUACACUACUCUUCGGGACAACAACAUGAUCAACGUGUUAGAGACUGCGGCACAGACGCCAGUCUCACGCCACAAGCCGCGUCGCGGACGGCCACCGAAGAAGCCGCGGCCACGUCCCGAACAGUCUCAGUUCGAGGGCAAGGACAACAAGAUCGUAGUGCCGAAGCGCUACGAGAUCGACCCAAACCAAGUGGUCAUCGAGGCGGUCCUGCAGAAGUUUGAAGCCAAAGGAUAUCUCAAGCUCCGCCCAGAACGCCUGAAGUAUACGCCUUUCCUCACAGCGCGCGCCCCCGCUCUUCGCUCGCUCGAAACCACAACCACAGCGGACGAAGACGAAGACAGCGAGGACGAGGAGUCUCCAACGCCGUCAUCCAACAAGGAGAUCAUUUCGACGCCGGCUGAGCUCGACCAAAGCGACACCGAGGACACUCCAGACAAGGUUGCCGCUGGAGAGGACAAGGCGACUUUGCAGCUGGUUGCAGCUCUCUCAGUUUCGCCAGUGCGCUCUUUGAGAAAGCGGUCAAUCAACAGCAGCAACCCGAGCCCUGAGCACUCGGCUAAUGCUCUGCGCAGCACCAUCUCAGCGAGCCCCGCGAACGGACGUCGGCGGAGCCAGCAAGGAGAUGGUUCGAGAGCAGCGUCGCCGCUCAAGGCUGGCGCAGCUCCUGUACCGCCGCCGCGAAAGCGGCUGAUCAUCGAGAGUGACGACGACGAUGAGUCGACACAGGAUGCGGGGGUUGACGAGUAUGCGGAGGGAGAGGAGGAUGCUGACGGGGAGGACGAGUACGUGGAGGAAGUGGAUUAA